AUGUUUCUCAAGUUCUUAUUUGUACUUUUGAUAAUUUCUGGAGUCACUGGAGCAGACACCUUGAAAAUGCUGAAAAUCUUUGGAAAGGUCUCAAAUGUCUCUCUGAACUCCACUAUGGUAGACACCAACUGUAUGAAUACAUGUUUCACUCAAGAUGAUUGCUUCCUGGCAUUUUUUAAUUCACAAGAUCACUGUCAACUUUUCAAUUUUAAUACUACUGAAUCAUUAGAAGUGGCGGAGACCACCAAGGCAGAAGGGUUUUAUGUGGCGUUUAAGACCACCCUUCCUAAUAACAUCUGUCCUGCUUACGACUCAAUGAUCCCUGUCGUCAAUAUCGGAGAGGAUCCCGUUUCCUGGAAACGGUCGGGAAAUACGUUCUCAUUCCAAAAAUGUGUUGGCGACUGGAAAAUGUUCCGUAGAACAAACCCCAAUAUUACUGUAUGCAUGAAACCGUUUCUUCUACCAAAACGGGGCAAUCUAACAGAGGGGAAAGGAUUCUGUGAAAAAAUGGGAUACAAGCUGUCCGGUGUGGCUUCUGUAGAGGAAACGCAGUGGAUUUUGGAACAAAUGAUAUUGACGGGUAUCUCUUUGAAAAACUGGGAAACAUUUUAUAUCGAUGGAAUCCGGACUCAGAACUGUUCUUUAACGCGCUGUAACGAAUUUGAAUUGUCCGAUGGAUACACAGUUAUCGACAACGCUGCACUCAGUUCUACCAAUGCAGACUUAUCAUUCAUUGAUAAAAACCAAAACCGGGAAGACUGUCUGGGAGUGGUUGCGCGGUAUAGCGGGAGAAUUAACGAUGUGAGAUGUGAUUCAGCUGACCUAAAUGUUGGAGUGGUUUGUGGAUAUAAGCUUUUUUGA